AUGCCAUGUCGAUCACUUCAGCACAACUUGUCACUCAAAGAUACUUAUUUUGGCGCGGCGAUUGCCCGCCUUAUCGUGUGGCGUCAUGGCGCGGCGUUUGCCGCCCAAUUAUUUCUAUCGGUGGCGGUAGGUAUUGUGCUGGAUAAGCAUGGUGACGCGGUGACGCGUAGUGAGUCGGCGUUGGAUGGUGGCGACUGCGAAGACUACCUCGAGGCGGGAUUUGAGAGCGUGCUGGCGUCUACGUAUACGGCGAGUGAGGGCGAGUCGAGGAGCGAGUUGGCAGAGCGCGCAACAACCCGGAGAGUGGCGGGGUUCGCGACAGCCGAAGCGAGAUACGAGCGGAGAACGGACGGAGGACUAGCGAGUGAAGCUACUGGGCUCUGGACGGCGUGGAGCGACUGCACUGUCGGCUGA